AUUGCCUUCUACCACAGCUCAAUAUGAAGAUGAGUGAAUUAUGACCAAAUUUUUAUUUUUAGACGAACUGUUCCUUUUAAGAUUCUCAUUUACAGUUAAACUGUCUGAGCUCAACAUGGUCAAAACAUGUUUUUGCAGGAGCACAAGUCAAAAAUUUUACUGUUAGGGGAGCGUAUUUCCAAAGCCAAGUUAAACUACUCCAGCACCCUGCGCCACCUGGAGCAAAUCAGUGAGGAGAUUCAUGCCCAGAGGGAGCAGGACCAAACAAAGGAUGAACCAAUCAAAACGUGCGGUGGGCGGAGCCCGCCUGUAGGAGCAGAAACAAGCAACAGCACAGGUACCGAAGGCGGAGCCUGCGGAGGCUACCCGAGAUCAAAUGAUUGGGUGGCUGGAAAAGAGGGCGUGGCUAAUACCAGAGAGUGGGUGGAGACACAUAAGAACUCCAGGUGGGUGGACAUGGGAAGAGCAGACGUGACACUCCAGACCAUCAUCUCUGAUCUCGAAAAGUGUGAUUCGGUCGAACACCUGGGCCGCCUCAGCAGUGACAUCAGUCUCUCAGGGGAAGAAGGGGAGAGAGACGGGCUGGAGAAUGAUAAAAUGCGAAUGAGGCAAAAAAACGCACACAUUUCAGAGGAGUUCCUCAAACAACACAUAAGAAGUGUCAGUUUAUGAGUGCGUCCUUGAAUAAUGCUCACGUUUCAUCGUUUUUAAGCUUGUUUCUGGACUGACAGAGUAACUCAUAAUUUUUAUUUAUUGUUGAGCUUUUAACAGUACUUGAAAAGGAGAAAGACCAAAAGAAAAUUCUUUAUAUAUAUAUAUAAAAAUAUAUAUAUAUAUUUUUUUUUUUGAGAGAGAGAGAGAGAAGGUUUUUUUACUGUUUGGUAUUUCAAAUCAAGUGGUAAAAGAAUGACAAUAUUUGUAAGGGUAGCAACCCUGCAGUUUGAUGAACCUAAUCGUAAUUACUACAAUAUAUUUCUUUUUCAUCCUAAUCAGUACCUAAUGUUUUUCUAUGCAAAUGUAAAAAACCCUGUCUUAAUAAACACACUAUUAUUAUAAUCUCUAUAGCUGACAUGAUAAAAUAAGGCCGUUUUGCUUUAUACUUUUCAAAUUUUACUGACCACUGGUGAGCUUUAGUUCGCUUACUGACAUAAUCACACUAUUUGCCAUUAAUCAUUAGCUAAUUUUAGGCUCUAAAAUUCCACUGUUAUUUUUCUUAAUUUAAAAUGUAUUUUAUUUUUACAUUAGUCCCAUGCUGACUUUGAAAUAGUGGUUUACAAAAAGUGCUUUGUGUCCAAGUGAGAAAUGCAUGCAUGAGGUUUGCUUUAUGUUAGUCUUGUUUGCAUUAGUGCACUCUGGCCUUUUCAUCAAAAGAAACAUUUAUUCCAACCGAAAUACAGGUUUUGUAUUGUUGGAGAGAUGAAGCGUUUAUUCUCAAUUGCAGGGUUUUUAAAAUACCUGCCGCUGAACAUUUGAUGUUUUUGCUGUUUAUGGCAAUUACUUUUCUAAGUUUCAGAAUUUAUUUUAAUUUCAUGCAUUUUCAGGUGUUUUUGAAUGCUGUUUUCCUCAUUUUUUGAGAGGCUAUGUUCAUUCAUUGUGCUUUAUACAUCUUUGCUAACCCUCAGUGUGAGCAUUGGAUGUUGAUAUUAUUGUCUUUAAUAGUGUUCUGUAUGAAGAUGUGCACAGUGGUGACAUUUGUGACGUCUAAUGGAACAAUAAAUAUGCAUGUAUAAAUUCA